AUGCCUGAUCGACUGAUUUCGGUUCCAUGUCUUUACGCCGACGGUAUCAACGCCGACGGUAUCUACGCCGAUAGCAUCGACGCCGACGGUAUCUACGCCGAUAGCAUCGACGCCGACGGUAUCUACGCCGACGGUAUCUACGCCGACGGCAUUUACGCCGACGGCAUUUACGCCGACGGUACCUACGCCGACGGCAUCUACGCCGACUAG